CAGAGGAACUACAGCCCACAGUGGCUUAGCGGCAGAGCAGAAAUGUUUCCGAGCCGGAGAGGAGAUUACAAAAUAAGUGAGCCUCUCACUUUCUGACCGUGAUACUCUGUUUCCCUGGCGACGUGAGGCGGUCGUUCACGUUGUGGUCCGCGGUCAGUCAGGGUUUUACUCCCACCGUGUGUGUUUGUUGAUCUGUGCAGAGGCAACUUGGGCCCAGAAGCAACUAUACACCACUUUGCUUCAUUUUAUCAGAAUGCGUCUGACAGAGGAGAAAAUCGAGCUGGGACUCAAGGAGCAGGGGACGGUCAAUCCUGCAUUUGGGGACAAAGACGGUGAUGAACCGCCACAGCUGACCAUGGACAUCGGAGAGCCGCACACGGAGGCCCUGGAGGAGACCGUGGACAAAGGUUCAGACUUGGUCUACUCCAUCAAUGACCGGCCGCCGUGGUACCUCUGCAUUCUGCUCGGCUUCCAGCAUUACAUCCUCGCGUUUGGGGGCAUCAUUGCAGUCCCGCUGAUCCUGGCCGAGCCCCUCUGCAUAAAGGACAACAACGUCGCCAAAAGCCAGCUCAUCUCCACCAUAUUCUUCGUGUCGGGUUUAUGUACACUACUGCAGACAGCUGUCGGUACCAGGUUACCGAUCCUCCAGGGUGGAACAUUCAGUUUCAUCACUCCGACCCUGGCCAUUCUCGCUCUCCCCAAGUGGCAGUGUCCAGCCCCACAAGCACCUGUGACGCUGUCCAUGCAGCUGCAGAACAGUACCAGCCCGCUGCAAGAUGGAAAUUCCGAUGAAGUCUGGAUGUCACGAAUGCGUGAGAUCCAGGGGGCCAUCCUGGUGUCCUCUCUGCUCCAGAUCGUCCUGGGUUUUUCGGGGCUGGUGGGUCUCGUGCUGAAAUACAUCGGCCCGCUGGCUAUCGCUCCUACCAUCAACCUCAUCGGCCUGUCGCUGUUCAUUGAAGCUGGGAAGAAGUCUGGAGGUCACUGGGGAAUAGCUGCUCUCACGGUGUGUCUGAUCCUGCUGUUCUCUCAGUAUCUCAGCAAAGUCAACGUCCCCAUGAUCGCGUACAAGGAUAAGAAGUGGAAGGUUUUCCAGUACCCUCUCUUCAAGCUCUUCUCUGCUUUGUUCGGGAUGUGCGGCGCCUGGCUGGUCUGCUUCUUACUGACCAUCUUUGACGUCUUCCCCACAAAGUCCGAUGAGUACGGCUUCUCCGCCAGGACCGACAUCAGCCUGGACGCCGUGAAAAACUCCCCUUGGUUCCAUGUGCCUUACCCAGGUCAAUGGGGUGCGCCCACAGUGAGCGUGUCUUCAGUGUUGGGUAUGACGGCGGGCGUCUUGGCAUCUACAAUGGAAUCGAUCGGCGACUACUACGCUUGCGCUCGCUUGUCCGGUGCCCCUCCUCCGCCGACUCACGCCAUAAACCGAGGCAUUGCGGUGGAGGGCAUCGGCUGCAUCCUGGCUGCGCUGUGGGGAACUGGAAACGGCACCACCUCCUACAGCCAGAACAUCGCUGCACUCGGCAUUACCAAGGUUGGCAGCAGACUGGUCCUCCAGACGGCCGGCAUUCUGAUGAUUGUCCUGGGGAUCUUUGGGAAAUUUGGAGCAGUUUUUAUCACCAUCCCAGACCCGGUCAUCGGAGGCAUGUUCCUCGUUAUGUUUGGAAUGAUCGCAGCGGUGGGAAUAUCCAACCUCCAGUAUGUGGACCUGAACUCAUCCCGUAACCUGCUCAUCCUCGGCUUCUCUACCUUCAGCGGUCUCGUUUUACCGACCUGGUUUCACUCCAACCCCGGCAUCAUUGACACAGGAAUAGAAGAGCUGGACCAAGUGAUCGUAGUGCUCUUCACCACACACAUGUUCAUCGGAGGAUUCUUCGGGUUUAUCCUUGAUAACACGAUUCCAGGCACCGACAAAGAGCGGGGCAUCAAAAGCUGGCAAGACCAGGUGCAACAGGGAAGCAAAAACUAUUGUGACGAGUCGUGCUACGAUAUCCCGUACUUAAACAGUGUUUUUAAGCGCUUUAGAUGUUUCCAGUACCUGCCCUUCCUCCCUUCUUACAAGACCACCCAACAGGGGACAUCUUAGUAGUGAAGUGUUCAUUUCCAGGGUUGCAUUGAUGCUGGCCUGUCAGCCCCAUGAAAUCAAACAGUUAACAGUAGUUAAUAUAAAUACCUAAAUCUAAUCCAUGUGUCUUCUUUAGGAAUCCCAAGUUCAACACGUUUGUCCUUGUGGAGACUAAAACAUUGACUGAUUGAGUUUGUAGAACAAAGUCGAGGUGCUGUGUCUCCUUACUGUUGGAAUUCAAAACAAAAACCUUCUGGGUUAAUAGAACAUCUGUAGUGCCUGAACAAGCAAAGAGCAGCAUUAAACCACUUAUGAGGAAUCAUCGCUCCUCACCAAGAGCUUACAUAGACAUUAAUGAGACACUCCUCUAGAGUGUACGAUAUGUUUUAAUUAAGAUUAAACAUUUUUUUUUACCUCUUUCAGCAUGCAUAAAGUCUUUAAAGUACACAUGUUUCAGUCUUUUUUUUUUUACUACAGCCGAUUGAUCUUAAAAUAAAAUGACCGUACACACUGUUCCAAUUCAAAGUCAGACGUAAAGGCUGAGUUACUAUUCAACUGAUGCGUCAUCAAGCUGCUCAAUAGCCACUCUUCAGGUGUUACGAAUGUGUAGUAGCGUUUUGAGUAGAAUCAUUGCUACCUCAUCAAGAACAGAAACAGAUGGUUAAUGGAAAGCUUUUUCAUAUUAUAUAAUUAAUAAUGAUUUUAAUAUUAUAAUGUCUGUUCUGUUAUCAUUAACAUUAUUGAGGUUACUGCUUCAUACAUUUCAUUAUGUGUUUUGACACUGUAUAGAAGAACAUCUUUUUUUAAUUGUUUUUACAUGCGACGCUUUUGCAUUUUCAGAUAUAUAGAUAUAUGCAAUUUUACAAAUUUUUGUACCAUAAUUUUCAAAAAGUCCUAAAUUGCAAUGGGUUGUUGUUAAAUAAAUUCUGAUGUUAAUAUAGACUUUACUAUGUAACUUGUUCAACUUGAGAUGUAAAGCUUCCACAGGUUUUGAGAAUAAAAAACACAUAAAUCCAUGAAGUUCGAAAGCACAGGUUAUAACAUGUUAAAGAGUAUGAGAGUAAGGG